AUGGCUAAUAUAACCGGCGGUCUAACCAAAAUGAAGGAGGCGGUACAGGGAAUGACACAGGAUAAGAAGAUCAAAGAUCUUGCCCGCGACACCUCUGAUGUCCAUGCACCGGCGACAAUCACAACGGACCACGGCACCAAAGUGAGCAAUACAGACAAUUGGUUGAAAUCAGUUGACGACCACAGAACCGGUCCGUCUUUGCUAGAAGACCAGAUUGCUAGAGAAAAGAUCCACCGCUUCGACCACGAACGCAUUCCCGAACGUGUUGUGCAUGCCCGUGGAACUGGAGCUUUUGGUCAUUUCAUGCUCCUGGAGAGUGCAUCCGAUGUCACUUCAGCCGGCGUACUGACCGAUACAUCUCGUACCACUCCCGUCUUUGUUCGUUUCUCGACCGUCCAGGGUAGCCGUGGCAGCGCCGACACGGUUCGUGAUGUUCGAGGUUUUGCUGUCAAAUUUUAUACGGAUGAAGGCAACUGGGACCUUGUAGGGAAUAACAUUCCAGUAUUUUUCAUUCAAGAUGCUAUGAAAUUUCCGGACUUUGUUCAUGCCGUGAAGCCAGAGCCCCAUAAUGAGGUGCCGCAAGCCCAAACGGCGCACAAUAACUUCUGGGAUUUCGUCUACCUCCAUCCAGAGGCCACUCACAUGUUCAUGUGGGCUAUGUCUGACCGAGCCAUUCCGCGAUCGUAUCGAAUGAUGCAAGGAUUCGGUGUCAACACGUAUGUCCUAGUCAACAAUGAAGGGAAACGGCAUUUUGUCAAAUUCCAUUGGAUGCCAGAACUCGGCGUGCAUUCACUGGUAUGGGACGAAUGCCUCAAGGUUGCCGGCCAGGAUCCCGAUUUCCACCGUCUAGACGGACAGAUGCGCCAUCGGAUCCACGCAAGGCACAGUGAACUACUGGCCCUAAUAGAUUCGAAGCCAUUCCCCCAACCAACGUCAAAGGAAAACAGCUUCGUCACGUAUCCUUCAAAGGUAUCCGGUAUCAAAGCCCGUAGCUUGAGCAAAAAGUUCCGUGAACACAUCAACCAGGCACAACUCUUCUACAACUCACUGAGCGAACCUGAGAAACUCCAUGUCAAGAAGGCGUUUGCAUUCGAACUUGACCACUGCGACGACCCAAUCGUAUACAACCGCCUCGUCGAGCGUCUUACCGAAAUCGACCUUGACCUAGCACAAUCCGUCGCCGUCCUGGCUGGCGCGCCCACUCCGCAGAAGGAAACACGACCCAACAAGGGCGAGAAAACCAUCAACCUGAGCCAGGCUGAGCUCAAUCAAAAAUACGCUGCAACCCCGUCCAUCAAAUCCCGCCGCAUCGCCAUCCUCAUCGGGGAUGGCUAUGAUGCCGUCGCAUUCGUCUCCGCAAAGACCGCUAUCAAAGCCGCCGGGGCCCUCCCCUUCAUCAUCGGCACCAAGCGCCAGGCCAUCUUUGCGGACCACGAAGAUCCUAAUAAGGAAAAGGGUGUCAUUCCCGACCAUCAUUAUGACGGCCAGCGUUCAACAAUGUUCGAUGCCACUUUUGUCCCUGGCGGCUCACAUGUCAAGAAUAUAGGGAAGAUUGGUCAGAUUCGGCACUGGAUUGCGGAAUCCUUUGGGCAUCUCAAGCCCAUUGGCGCCACGGGGGAGGCGGUCAAUCUGGUUGCUCAGGCUCUGAGUGCGGUGCCAGAAGUCGAGGUGGCGGAUGCGUCUGAUGGGCAGGUAGUUGAGUCGUAUGGAGUGGUGACGAGCGGGAGACUGCAUGAACCAGAGAGCCUGACGGAAGGAAUCAAGAUCAUCAAAGAGGCAACGGAUUUCCUCGGCAAAUUCUUUUAUCAAGUAUAUCAGUUUAGGAAUUUUGACAGGGAGAUGGAAGGAUUGGUUGAUCGGGUUGCGUUUUAA